CUCACGCUCAGGUGACAAAUAUUAUUGCGUAUGUCGCCCCUGCCGCGGCCGGAGUUACAGUGAUUGUAGGAAUUUGCUGCGCUGUCAUAUGCUACAGAGUUUUGAAGAAUAAACCGAACCGAAGUUGCCCAGACACCGAAAACACAGAAGGGACGCCACUUCCUCCCCCCACACAGAACUGCCAGCAGCAGAGUCUGUAUCUUUGUGCUGUUCAUGCGAGGGCCGGUACAGUCAUGGGGUCUCUCUGCUGGGGGCUGCAUCUCCACACUGCUCUGCUGCUCCUCAUUAACACAGAUCCUUGCACAGCUGCAGCUACACAUUCAACUGUAAACCUGACAGUAUCUAUGGGACAGGAGGUUCACUUAUUCUGCAAUGAUUCAAAUUCAGAUUUUACCCAGAUUAGCUGGAGGAAGAACCAUACAGUAAUUUUUACUUACAGCACAAAGAACCAAACACCGAAUAACUGCCCCUUGGACAGAGUAUGUGUUGAUGAACCUAGAGAUCUACGGAUCUCUUCCGUACAGAUGUCUGAUGAGGGAAUCUACAGCUGCACAGUCACCACUGACAGGGGUACAUACGUAAAAGAGUGGAGAAUAAGCGUUAAUGACACAAACGAUGCUGCUCAGAUUAAGAUAAAUAUUGUUUACUUUGUUGCACCUGCUGCAAGCAUAAUUACUGCCAUUAUAGGAAUAUGGGGCGCUGUGUUAUGCCACAGACUUAUGAAGAAAAACAGAAACAAAACAGACAAGAGUAAUGAGAACACGGGAGGUACGGACACCGGACGCCGAAGAGCUCAGAGAGUCACCGGCCAUCAGUAUACUGAGAGAACAAACUCAGCGUACGGGACUUAAGGACAAAACCGUGCCUAACACCUUGCUUUAUUAUUAAAGUUAUUCAAAUCCAAAAAAAAUUCUUUUUAAUGUCUGAAGUUUCUGACAUUUGUGGAGCUGUCCAGUCUUACAUGUGAUGCGUCAUUUACUACACUGGAUGACUAAACCAUUUACUAGUUACAUUACAAAUGGUAACUUUUAAUGAAGACUGGACGAUAUCCCACCAAAUUCGAUGCUUAUAGACCUAAUUAAAACAAAUGUUAUUCAGCCAAAGGUAUAAUGAAACCUUUGUUUGCUCCUUUGUAUUGUAAUACACAAUAUUUUGCAUGUUA